CACCCAGUCACCUGCUGUGAUUGUUUGUUGUGAUUGUAAAUAUUAUUUUAUUCCAAUAAAUUCUCUCCGAGAAGCACUUAGUUUCUUUUGUAUAUCAGUUUAAUAUUUUAGCUACAACUUUGUGCGCUAUACCAAAAUGUCCUACAUUUGCAUGAUCUGCACUCUCAACCGUCCGCCUCUGCUACCACUCGCGAUCGAGCACAGAAGAUUGCUCGAGGCCCUUGUAUCUCCAACGAUCAACAUGGUGGAUUUCAAAGCGUGCCACCUACUGCUGUGCAUGGGUUGCCAGGUUAAGAUGUUGUCCGUACACCAGUUCCAGAAAACGGCACUCCAGGGCAUCAGUAACCUCAAGUAUCUGCUCAGUAAAGUCAAUAUUGCACCGUCUUUCCAACCAAUUGUAAUUGAUGAUGAAGAUGUCAAACCUGACAUCAAAACUAUUAAAAUAGAACCAGGAACACAACCACCCGCUGUCAAUGAGACACAUGCCAGUGUUUCAACACCGCAAGAUUCAAAUACACUGGAAGUGAAGAAUCUCAAAAUCGAGCCACCUGAGGUGCCUUUGCCUCAAACCGGGGGCAAUUCAGGUUCAGCAGUCAGUUGUGAGUCUGUCAGUCGUGAGCCAAGCAGUGAACAGCCCACCACAAGUACCUCUACACCUAAAGCAACCCAAACAACUGUGACGAAAAGAACAGUUUCAAGAAAAACUCUAGUUUCAAGGAAUCCCGCAAACACUGCUACAACAGGGAAUACGGGGAAAUAUUCCACCAGGAUAUUGAGGAGCGGCGCGAGAAAGCGCUAUAACCAUAAAAUUAAGCUCCACAUUAAGCCUACAUCCUUCCCGUGUCCGCACUGCGACCAAUACUUAAGUCAUCCCUUCAGCUUGCGAGCGCAUAUUAAUAGGAAGCACAAGGCGGAACCUUCGAAAUGCGACGAGUGUGGUGUCACGUGCCGCAACUCCGAAGCUCUCCGGUACCAUAAGGAUAAUCAUAAAAUGGAAAAGAAUAUAGACAACUUGAAUUUGGAACUUUUUUGUGUUGAAUGUGCGAUGCACUUCCCGAGCCGCAGCGCGUACGACACUCACCGUCUAGCCCUCAAGCACACGCCCAGGGAACAAUACUCCUUCGAAUGUCAAGUGUGCCAGAAGAAGUUCCCGAGAGACAGGACGCUGCGGCAGCAUAUAGACGUACAGCAUCUCGGCCUGAGAAAACACAAGUGUAGUGUUUGCGGCAAAGUGUACGCACGCGCAGCUAACCUGCGUCAGCACAUGAGCACCGUGCAUGAGAAGCGUGCGACGAGAGCCAGUCACGUGUGUGACCAGUGUGGGAAGGCCUUCAAGGCAAAAAAAAGUCUGACUGAGCACUUACUGACACACCAGGGCCUCAGACCGUACAAAUGCAAGUUGUGCCCCGCCACCUUUUCCUACAACGCUGCCCUCUACAACCACACCAACGCCAAACACCUCAAGAAAAAGAGGAGGAAACAGGCCAAAAAAGAAACGGACAGUGUACAAGAAGAUUAAUAGUUAUUUUCGAUACAAGUGCGGAAAAGAGGAAAUUCGAAACGAGUGGCGAUAAAUUAAAACACGACCGCAGGGAGUGUUUUAAAUCGACACGAGUUGCGAAUUAACUAUUCGCACGUGUAUCGAACAACGUUUUACAGUACAUAUGGCCCUUUAAACUCGACAUAUGCACAAAAAGUGCACUUUCCGCACUAGUGCGAGAAAGUAGCACCAUAUGAACUGUAAAAUACAUAUUGUUAUUGUAUACUAUUAGAACAAAUUAAAUUAUUUUUAGAAAAUA